AUGGUUAGACUUUCGAAGCUUUUAUUGAACACACCGGUCUUUGGCUACGUGAUUCCCCAUAUAUUCCGAUUCGGUUCUCUACAAUGCCACGUUUCAUCUAGUUUUCGUUUAUUUAAUUUCGUGCAAGGAUCCCAUUCGAAUUUUACGGUUCCCGGUGGUUGUUUAAAUUAUAUUUUAGAUUACAAGAUGGCUGUAAAGUUGCUUGAGAGCGGUGCCCAUGGCACUACGGACUACCGUGUGUUCUUCACUGAUGAGAAUGGUCGUACAAUAUCUCCUUGGCAUUCCAUCCCCUACAAGUGCUCUAGCAGUGGUCUUUAUAACAUGGUUGUUGAGAUUCCACGUCAUACUACUGCAAAAAUGGAGAUCUCAACUACCCUUGAGAACAACCCUAUCAAGCAGGAUGUACUUAAGAAUGGUAGCCUUCGUUACCUAGAUUGCCCUUACUACUGGAACUAUGGCGCUAUCCCUCAAACUUGGGAAGCUCCAGUUCCUUAUGGCGCAAAUGACCCCGCUUUUAAAGGCAUAUCGCUGGUCGGUGACAACGACCCCGUUGACGUCGUGGACGUGAGUCAAACUACCAUCCCCAGUGGUUCUAUUGUCCAAGUCAAGGUUGUUGGCGCACUAGCGCUAGUUGACGAGGGUGAAAUCGACUGGAAGAUGUUUGUGGUACGCAAAGACGACCCUAACUUCGCCGAUAUCAAUGACCUUGCCGAUAUCGAUCGUGUGUACCCCGGUACCACUACUGGUGUGAUGGAAUUCUUCCGUUGGUAUAAGACCCCCAAAGGAAAGCCUUUGAACAAAUUUUUAGACGGUAAAAAUUUCGUCGGCAGCGCAGAAGCAGUGACUAUUCUCGAGGAGAUGCAUGAAUCUUACUUGAAGCUGCUGCGUGGAGAACUUCGUGCUGAUGGGCUGUGGGUACCCAAUGUGUAG